AUGCUCAAACUAGUAUUUAAGAAGAGUUCGCCUAAAACUUACACAAAGAUAGAUGCUGUGAUGCUUAUUGGUACAUCAGAAUUGAUUCUUUCUAGAAAUGCUAAUGAGAAUUUAACAAAUGUGUUAAAGAGAAUUAACUCCAUGUACUCUCCAUGCCAUGACGAUGUUUAUAAUUUAACGGCAGAUUUAAAAAGUGCACACUUGGAUAUAGUUCAUCUGCAAGAAAAUUUCUCAGAAUAUUGCGUUAUUUGUAAAAGCGAUAAACGAAGGAAGACUUCUUAUAAGAAUAAUAUGAGGCACAAAGAAGUACCUCAGAAGGUACAUCCUGCUUAUCUGCAACCUAAUAGAAAGAAAAACUCGCGUCAUAAUUUAUUAAAAAGUCAUUCAAAUUAUGACAAGGUUUUGAAACUCUCUUCGGAUGAAUCCAAGGAGCUAUCACUUUUCAGUUUGUCUGCGCUCCCUGAUGAAGUACUACUAAUGAUAUUAAAAAACUUGGAAUUCAUGUCGUUAUUCCGCAUGAGUUAUGUAAAUAAGCGCUUCAAUAAUUUAAUACGGGACCAUGUAAAUAUUUGCGACAGUUAG